GAGCCUGGUGGGAGAGGCCGUUUUGAAGGACUCCCCGGUGCAGGAAGGCAGCGGGGAGGAAAAGCCCCCGAAAUGCCCCCGGAGGAGGGACUACAAAGCCAGCUCAGGGUGCUCUGAGGAGGAAAGACCUGGCCUGUGCCAGGAAGGCGGCUGGAGCUUGAACUAGAGCUCUGAGCUGGUGGCCCCUGAGCAGCAUCCCAGCAAGGAGAAGCCCUUCAUGUGCUUGGAAUGUAGGAAGAGCUUCAGGAAGAGCUCCGACCUCCUCAGGCACCAGCACAUCCACACUGGGGAACGGCUGUACAGGUGUAGGGAAUGUGGGAGGAGCUUCAGGCACAGCUUCACCCUGAUCCAACACCAGCAUAUCCACUCUGGGGAACGGCCCUUCAAGUGUGGGGAGUGUGGGAAGAGCUUCACGACCAGCUCCAACCUCCGCACCCACCAGCUCAUCCACACCGGGGAACGACCCUACAAAUGCUUGGAAUGUGGGAAGAGGUUUCAGACCAGCUCCAGUCUCCUCAGGCAUGAGCAGACACACACAAUCGAGAGGCCCUUCCGCUGCACCAACUGCGGGAAGGGUUUCAAACAGAACGGCACCCUCAUCACCCACCAGCGCAUCCACACCGGGGAGAGGCCCUACAGGUGUGGGGAGUAUGGGAAGAGCUUCAAGCAUAGCUCUGCCUUGACCAAACACCAAUGGACUUACCGGUAA